GUGCACAUUGUUUAUCGUCCCCGCUCUCACUUGCAAAGUGGAAAGACAGAGGCCCUUCAUAAACGUGAGGACUUGAACAGAACAGGCAAAAUGGUAAAGAUUGGAAUCAAUGGAUUUGGCCGCAUCGGGCGUCUGGUCACCCGCGCUGCUGCCUUAGGUGGCAAGGUGGAGGUUGUCGCCAUCAACGAUCCCUUCAUUGACCUGGACUACAUGGUCUACAUGUUCAAGUAUGACUCCACACACGGCGUGUGGAAGCACGGAGAAGUGAAGGCCGAGGGCGGCAAACUGAUCAUCGGCAACAUGUCCAUCACUGUCUUCCACGAGAAAGACCCAACUAACAUCAAGUGGGCUGAUGCUGGUGCCACCUACGUGGUUGAGUCUACUGGCGUGUUCACCAACAUUGAGAAAGCCUCCUUCCACCUGAAAGGCGGGGCCAAGAGGGUGAUCAUCUCUGCUCCCAGUGCCGACGCCCCCAUGUUUGUGAUGGGCGUGAACCACGAGAAGUACGACAACUCCAUGACUGUUGUCAGCAAUGCUUCCUGCACUACCAACUGCCUGGCUCCCCUGGCCAAGGUCAUCAAUGACAACUUCACCAUUGUGGAGGGACUCAUGAGCACAGUCCAUGCCAUCACGGCCACACAGAAGACCGUAGACGGACCCUCCGGUAAACUGUGGAGAGACGGACGUGGUGCCUCCCAGAACAUCAUCCCCGCCUCCACCGGCGCUGCCAAGGCCGUGGGCAAGGUUGUUCCUGAGCUGAAUGGCAAGCUGACUGGUAUGGCCUUCCGUGUCCCAACCCCCAACGUGUCUGUGGUUGACCUGACUGUUCGUCUGGAGAAGCCCGCCAAGUACGACGAUAUCAAGAAGGUGAUCAAGGCCGCUGCUGAAGGACCCAUGAAGGGAAUUCUGGGGUACACAGAGGACCAUGUUGUGUCAACAGACUUCAACGGUGACUGCCGCUCCUCCAUUUUCGAUGCUGGCGCAGGCAUCGCUCUCAAUGACCACUUCGUCAAGCUGGUGUCAUGGUACGAUAAUGAGUUUGCCUACAGCCACCGUGUCUGUGACCUCAUCCUGCACAUGGCCUCCAAGGAGUAAUGUCUCCACCCUGACCUACGACCUUCUCCAGACCUGGGCCCCACCUGAAGUCAACUAGAGAAUGAACCCAUCGAUGAAUUCAAUAACAUUUUUAUAUUAAAAAGUCAUCUUUUCUGUACAUUUGGAAGACCUGGGUAGGAUGACUGACUUUGCUUACGGAAUGUGUCUUGACACCUGUGGUCUGCUGCACUGUCGUUGUCAACUUUGCACUGUCACAAUAAAAGUCUGUGAAUAAGUCUGGUUUGACUGAAAA